GCACGGGCUGUGCGCUGGGGUCCUCGGCAAGGGGAGGCCCCUGUGCUCACCAGCCGGGAGAGCAGCGGCGGCUGCGGCGCGCAAGUCUCGGGCCAGCGGGGAGCGGCAGCACCGAGGGAGACCUUGGAGGUGCUGGGAGGCAUGGACUGUGAGCACACAGCAGUUCCACAAGUCACCAUUCAUGGCAGGAGUCCAGCUGUGCCUUAACCUGGCAAAGGAAAAGGGUAGGAUCAGACAGAUCGGGGAUUGCCCAUGAGUGGAAGGCCUUGGAGACCAGAGCCCAGUCAUCAGCAAGCAGGGUGAGGACAGCAUGAUGGUGGACAGUCCUGCAGAAUGCGGCCAGGGCAGGGCAGAGUUUGGCAGAGUCUUUGCUGGUUUUGUGCCCACAGAGCUGGCAGCAGUGGCAGAAAUCAGCAAGCUUGCGCCUGUACUGAGAGACCGCAGGCCCAUGGCAGCUGCUGGUGCCACCACUCUGAUCUGUGGGGACUGUGGCAAGAGCUUUGCCAGGAAGUCAGACUUCAAAGUGCACCAGCGGAUCCAUACGGGCGAGAGGCCCUACAAGUGCUCCUACUGCAGCAAGGGCUUCUACCAGGCCUCCAUGGUGCGGCGGCACGAGCGCACACACACUGGCGAGAAGCCCUACCGCUGCUCUGUGUGCGAUAAGUCCUUCGCCCGCUCCACCUCGUUACUGAUCCACCAGAACACUCAUACCGGCGACCGGCCAUAUGAGUGUCCCUUCUGCGAGAAGACCUUCUCUGACCCCUCCACCCUGCUCCAGCAUCGCAAGAUGCACAUGGGCCUCAAGCCCUUCCAUUGCAGCAUCUGCAACAAGUCCUUCAGCCAGUCAUCCAGCUUCACCUUCCACCGGGCUACUCACACCAAUGACCGCCCCUUUGUCUGCUCCGAGUGCGGCAAGGCCUUCAUCCGCUCCACUGCCCUGCUCAAGCACCGGCAGACCCACGUCCAGAAGGCCUUUCGCUGUGGGGAGUGCGGCAAGGUUUUCCCCAAACUCUCAGGCCUCCGCUCCCACCAACGGAUGCAUGCCCAAGGCCACCGGAUAGAGAUGGAGUUGAGGGAGGAGGAGCGGAGCUGCUGGGAUGUUCCCACGCUGAGGUUCCAAGCCCAUGACCCUCUGGCCCCGGACUGUCCCCUGCCCAGAUUGGCUGUGCAGCCUGAAUCCAGUUGACCCUAGGACUGUAUGUUCAACCCUGCCCAGUUUCACAUAGCUGCAGUUGGGUAUUGGAGAUAUUGCCAAUGAAAAUGUUACGUAUACAGGUCCAAAUUCCUCUCCAUCCCAUAUAGACCUGCUGGUAUUCCACUUUCUAGUACCUAUCCUUCACAACAGACAAGAAUUCUCCUCCAUAUCACAUAGACUGGCCACCUCGCUUCCUAUCAUACCUCUCACCUGUCCCACCUUUUGGAGCUGAAUCCCUCUCUAUCCUGCUGCAGUUACCUCACUUUCUCAGCCUAUGACCUCAUCCAGUCUGAUAAGCUAGGUGAGUCAUGCUGGGCCAGAACUUCAAUGGGAGACCUUCAGGGAAAACACAGCUUAGCUCUAAAGAGAUCAAGCACCAACUUCUAGCCCUGCUCUUAUCAGCUCCAUGGGCUCUGGGCUCCCCUUAUGCCUGCUGAGGACCAGCUCCCCACUCUCUCAAGUGUUUGAAGCAUUGGAUGUAGACAAUGGCGGGCACAUUUCAAUCCAGCGGAGACCUUCCUCUUGUUACAAUUUCAACAUGGCCAGUGAAGAGGCUGCCUCUCUCCUAGUGUUCUGCGCUCAACUUGCUGUCUCUGAAACCAGAGCCCAUUCAACCUGCAGCCCUGCCAAUCUCAUUUGGACCACACAGCACCCUCUCACCCAAUGCUAGGAGUCUUCUGGGCAGUGAUAGCUAGUCUCUGGUGCCACCUGGACCCCUCCAGUUUGUUCUAGAUCAGCAUGUUGAUGAAUUCCUGCCAUUUCUCUGGAAACUGUUUGUCCAAGUGCUCCCAAUUCAAGUUUCAUUCUUCUUUGAAACCAGAAGAAAUCUCCCAUCCUGAAAAAUGUUCAGCCUGGGAGUCCAGGAGGGGGAGAGAAAAGAGUUGAACACAGACUGUAAUUUACUGAAACCCAAUGGAAGUGAGGGGUGUCUCCUCAUCAAAUCCUCCUCCUCUCUUUCAGCAAGAAGAGGUGGCUCAGAUAAAGCAGCUUUGAUGGAUAUGGGGGAGAGAGAAAUAUUACCUGAUAAUUGUUUUUCUGCAUCGUAACACGCGCGCACACACACACACAGUUGGAACUGAGCAAGUGAUAAGGAGGAACAGUAAUAUAUUAGUUCAAAGAUGAUCUAUUGAAGCUGCAGAAUUUAGAGGGUGUGAAAUGUCUAAACAGAGAUGUGGCAGAUCAAAGGCUAGGCAGCAGCAAAAUGGGAUCCAUUAUAGAUCCCCUUGUGAGAUUUCUGAGACUCCGAACUGCUAGAGGUGUGCUGGGAGUGGCAAGGAAGAGAAAUCAGCCUAUAUAUUUCAUCCUCUUCUAGUCCUGCUGCCAGGGUCUCUGGCCUGCAGUGAUUGCCUCCCACUAUAGUCUUACUGGCAGGAAGGUGGGGGCAUGGAAUAGGCUGUGGGCUGACAAGUAGCCACAGCUGACCUGUGUGACUGCAUGAUCACUACCAUUGCUUGGGCCUGAUCAUGUUAUCAGCAACUUUGGAAGAGUCCAUAUUUAUUUUAAUAAACAAUUACACAGGAACGGAAAACUUCCUGAGGACGCUGCUAUCGAGAAACUAAGCACUGCAGAGCUGGCAAGUAGCUAAGACACUGCCACCUCAUUGUGAUGAAAUGAAAUCUCUGUUACUA